CUGAUUAUGGUUAAGGUUGGGAAAGUUGACAGAUUUCUUAGACAACCGGGUCAGAACAUGUCCAAAACUGCAGCUCUAUUUAUAUAUAUAUAUUUUUAAAAACUGGUUCAAUGAAGGUGCAGGCUGAAGGUCAUGUGGUCUGAUCCAAAAGAUGACUUGACUGUAGCUCAGGCAGCUAGAGAUGCAAAUUCUGGUUUUGAUGGAAAAUGAUAAGAAAAUAACGCAGUUUUACUGAGCUGCGCUGACCCCUGUCCACCAUCCAGCUCCACAACUUCUGCUUUACCAUCCUAUCAGAUUUUACUUUCACAUAAAAGCCAAAACCUCAUCUGGAAAGCUUUAGUAGCCUUGCCUAUUAAAAUUAAUUGAAGACUCCUGCAUCAAGAUUGAAGUGUCAACUGCAUUAACGCCACAAGAUGGAGACACUCUGCACUAACAGUGAAGCAAAGGUUUAAUUUCUCACUAGAAAAUGUAAUUUGAACUUAAUGUUUUGGCUCCAACGAUGCUCCAAUGGGAAGAAAAUGGUGGUAAAAAUACUAAAAAAAAAAUAAUACCAAAAACGCGCCACACCAAACGUGUCAUAAUCUCAUCUGCGUUGACAGUUCACGUUAACACCCCCCUGCGUGGAAACUCCGAGCUGCGUGUACUUUCCCAGUGGGUAGACGUUACUUUCACAAUGCUCAGACACCAAACUGCAGCCGUAGAGAGAGACCACCAGUUGACUGAGCCCACCAACCACACGCGCGCACAGACACGUACAGACAGACAGAAAGAGCGCGCGCGUGAGAAAAAGCGUCUCCACGCUCCCACUCACGAGAGGGGCGUCAGUGGUCAGGAAGGAAGUGACAUCACUCAGCUGCAGAGGCAGAUUAAACAGCGCGUCGAAAUAUCAGAAGCGACCUAUUUCGAACGCUCGCGUCUUCAAAAUUAAAAGCGCAAAUAAAAAUAAGUUGUCCUUUUCUGUCGGAGCUGACGCGACUGCCGCCGAACCUACAUGUCAGCCUACAUGCAACUACAUGCAGUCAUUUACCAGCAGGCUGAAUGUUACUGCUGCUGCUUACCGAACGAUUUAGGAGUAUUUCCCAAGUCGGUUUGGGAGCUGACACUUCAGGAUGGCCGGGUUCUUCUGGAUGCUGGGUCUCGCUCUUCUCGCUCAGGGCUUCCUGUGUAUCCUUGGAGACGUUGAAGUUGGCUGCAAGAAAUGGGUUCCAGACACAGAGGACAAGGGCUCCGUUAAGUGUAUUGAAUGUCAUCCUGGGAAUCGGUUGGUCAAACCAUCUGGAACAAAUCCUCAACAGCUUUGCACUCCGUGUGAAGAUGGAACUUAUACAUAUCAGUCUUUGGGUUAUAGAUGUUCAUCAUGCAUCCAGUGUGUUGGUGCUCUUGUCCAUUUCAAAGAUUGUACCCCCAAAAGUAACACACAGUGCAGGUGUAAAGAAGGUCUUCGCUGUGGAGACGCAGGAUGUACCUUCUGUGUGGACGAGUGUGGAAAAGGAGAGGAACCUACGAAAAAACGUGAUUGCAGGCCUUGUCCUAAAGGAACCUUUAAUGACCAAAUUCACCAGGACUGUAAAUCCUUCAGUACCAGGUGUCCAGAUCCAACUCAUAUAAUUGUAUUCCAAGGAAAUGCAUCUUCUGACAUCAUAUGUGAACUACCUCAACCUCCGACAACUCUACCCGUAACCAAUCCAAAGACCAAACCAGAGAAACCUGACGGGAACAAAGAACAGUUAUGGCCGAUGGAGUCGUUUGCAGUCAUUGGGGCCCUGAUGAUGUGUCUCAUCAUCUUUAUCGUCCUUGUGUCGGCGCUGAUCCACUGCAAAGGCAAAAAGGAAAAGGCACAAAGACGAACCCCCUCAAAAACACCCAUUGUUAUUAGUAGCCCUUCAGAUGAGCCAAGGACACUGAUUGCUAUUGAAUGCAGUUUUCAUGAAGCCCAGCAGGAGCAGGGAAACAGCACAGAAUCACUCAUAUCCAAGGACUCGGAGGAGGAAAUUGUGUGAAUGGAAACAAAGUGGCAUCUACAGCUGAGGAAAACAUUUUUAUCCUAAACAAGAUGGGAUUCUUUACCAAACUGAGCCAUAAGUUUGAAGGACUUUGACCUAAAGAAGGACGAUGAGGUCUCCCUACUGGCUGUUUACUAUUUAUCCUUUGACUGUAAAUACAAACACAAGAGGAAGGGGAAUUCUGAGAUGGGGGGGAGAAAAAAACCAAGUGGACUUUAACUGUGACUUUCUUUAUGUAAAUGACAGAAAGCCACACUGUUCUUCCCCUACUGGAGGACAAAGCAGCUUUAUUUAGCGUUUUCAAACACUGCACUGUAUCUGACAUUUAAGGGUUAAAGAAGAUUCUUCGUAAUGUGUAGUGACCCUGAUAACAGUUUAAGCUACUAUUUCUGUGGAAAAGAGAGUGUUGUAUGGCGCAUGCUACAGUGUUGCUCAAUUUGAAAGUACAGUGCAAGUGGGCGUUCAGCUUUUAGUCAUUUGUCAUACCGAGCCCACGUACACCUUCCUGGAGCAAAUGUUAGCCUUUACCUUUGUUCCAUUGAUCAAUCUAGUUACCUACUGUUUUUUUUUAGUUGUCUUUUCUGCUGAGUGUGUUGUGCAUAUUGUCUGGUUAUUAAUAGUGUAAGUGCGUAAACGAGGCCAAGCGACGACGGCGUCGUUUUUGAUCAGCUGAAACCACAGAGUUACAUGCACGCUAUAAAAAGACAAAACCAUUUCCGCCAAUGAAUCAAACAUUUCUUACUUUAGUUCAGUUGGUUACCAGCAGUAGUUAUAUUUGGUAAAUUCUUAAUGAAUACACCAAAACUUCAGUGUUUUUAAACAACUCGGCGCAAACCAAGUUUGCUUCGUCAGCUUCUGAUAGGUUGACUCAGAAUAUUUCACUUGAAUGGAUGUUAUGUGCUGUGAGUGUAAACCUCAGACUACUGUACUUGGAAAAACGGGUUUUCGAGGAGGUCAAAAACGUCUAAAUUAGUUUGGACCGACUCGGUUACACCUGAAGCUUAUGGAAGCAGAUCUUUUGACCAAAAUGAUGCUUCUUAGUGCAAUUCUACUAAAUAUGAGCAAAUGUACAUAGAUGUUUGUUAAAAAAAUUUGCGUUUGGUAUAAGAAUUUUGUGCCAAUAUCUGAUUUGAACUGUAAAACUUGUAGCUAUAUUUCACCUCCACAUAGCUCUGAAAGAUUAACUUGCUUAAUCACAGUCAGCAGGUUGUAAAAGCUGCAGAACGACAUAGAGUAAAACUUGAUAACAAAAACUUCCUGGGUUUUCCAGCUGUUGCUUAAUUGCUAAUCAGAAAAAGUCCAGAAGAAGGGGUUUUCCCCAUGUUGUCCCUAAGCUUCACACUGGAGGGAUUUAACAAAACAACCUCAGGAUAAGCACAAGCAAGCUGAGUCAUGCCUCUUGCACAGCGGGGAUCACGAGUAACCUUUAAGGUCAUUCAUUAGUCAUGGCUUGAAUUCAUUUCAGUGUCAUAUCGAGGUGAUACAAACUAGGCAGCUUUAACUUCAAUUAUAGAUCAAAUCAAGCCUUCAGGGUCAAGUGGAAAUCCCCCACUGCUGUUUUGUUUUCUGUGAAACUCCUCUACUUGAACAAAGUAGGUGGCCGCAGAGAUAAGACCAACAGGAAGUGUUGGGUUUUUUUUUUUUAAAGCCGUAUUUGGCUUGAACUGUAGCGGGCGUUAUUUCUUAACAAAAUGGAACAAAGAAAUAUCGUGUGUGGGCUUCUGGUGGAAACAAAGUAAGCCCACAUCUAUUGUAAUUUAUCAGAUAGUGUGUAGACUAUGAGUCACUAUUCUCAGCUGGGCGGCGUUGGUCUAACAGACCUCAAAAUUCACAAGCGUCGUCCUGAGAAGAGCAAACGCAUACGCUGACUGUAGCACUUUAUUUAGUCUGUCAUCUGCUACCUGUAUCCUUUCCACCGUUUUGUUGAAGUCAGAAAAUUGUUUCAUUCUGUGUUGUAUUUAAAGUUUUACAUUGUACUUUUAUCACAUUUUUCAAACACCAAAUAAAUGAUAUAUUUAUUUA